GAAGCACCCCGCGCCGGCCCCCGAGGGGGAACCCUCUCUCUUCCCUGGCUGCUUCGGUGGGGAUGCAACGGGGGAGCGUGGGCCGCCUUGGGUCCCUUAGGCUGGAUCCGGGAAGGGUGGAAACCGCGCCCGUGCGGCUGGGCCAUGAACGCGGGGAGACGCACAGCUGAACCACAGACCGCAGGAGGCCACUGCUCCCCCAACGGGUCCGCAGUGCGGGAGAGAGAAAAGUUUACAGAAUCGAAAACUCACUUCUGUAUUUCUCUAAACAGAGCUUAUUUAUCUUUUCACACAGACAGACCUAGAUUAAUAUAGCUUCACGAAGUCUCCAGCUAGGAAAGGGACAGGGGAGGAAAGUGUAGAUAUUUCUGAGCCAAGAAACUGGGAACCUUUCGGACCAUGGCUCCUUGGCCAUGGGCCAUGCUGGCUGGGAUGUAUGGGAGACCGAAACUUUACAGCAUCUAAGGGGGACACAAAUUCCUCCCUAACCAUUCAGAAGAGUUAAAUAAUCUAACAAUUUGUAUUUUAUCUGGAUAUUUUAUUGUUGUACAAAGGGUUUUAAUAUUUGUAAACCACCCAGAGAGUUCUCUGGGGUAUUGGAAUAGUAUAUAAAAGCAAUAAAUAUUAUUGUUCCCCAUGAAAACAUGUGAUUUACUUCCAACAGGUGCAGCCAAACCCAUUUAUAAUUUUUCACUUUGGAUUAGUUGAGCGGGAGUAUUAAUAACCCCAAAGGUUAUUAAUAAAUAAAUAAUGCAGAUGGGAACCUAUUAUUGAAAAGGAGACUGGAGACCACCCAUUCAUUUGCUCAGUUGAAUAAGAGGACAAGAGGGGAGUCUAAUCUAUAGGAAGUUAUAUUUAAAAUGGUGAGCUUCCCAGAAUUUUGAAAAUCGGGCAAAUUUAUUUAUUUAUUUCUAUACUGCCCCAUUGUUAAAGCUCCUUGGGCAGUUCACAAAAAUAUAAACCAUAAAAGUACAAAGUGAUAAAACGUAAUAUAAAAUAAUAACAAUUUCAAAUAGUAAAAAAAACAGUAAAGGCCAGAAAUAGGUGAAGGUCUAAAAACACAAGAACAUUUAUAAAAUUCAAAAGUGAAAGACUCAAAAGAUCUUUACGUGGUGACAAGCAGACCACAAUCAAUGAGCCUUUAUGGGAAAGACAUUCCGUCAUGCGGUUCUAGCACCAAAAAGGCCCUCUGCCUUAUAAGGGGAGUUUGGGCAGGCCAGGGAUGCUUGCUUUGUGUGUAGGUUUGGGGCAGCUUAACAGAAAAAUCAUAUACUUUCUAGAAAAUUGUACAGAGCCCAUGUUCAGAACCGGAUGGAUUUCCAAGUAAAUGUGUAUAGGAUUCCAGGUACAUGUAUGACUACGCAGUUGUUUAAUUAGUCUUUUUUUAAUAACUUGUCAACCUUGUCAACUGCAUGGCUUCUUGUCACUGUAAAUUGAACGUGGCUACUGUUUGGGAACAAACAUCUAAACUCUGUUCAUUCUCCCUUUCUCUGAUACUUGAGGUGACUAGGAUGGAUGUCUUAACAGAACGUUCUGACUUCUACAUCGGACUAGGCUUGGCUCUCAGCUCCAGCCUGUUCAUCGGAGGAAGCUUUAUCCUAAAGAAGAAAGGGCUGCUCAGAUUGAAUAGCAGAGGCUCCAUCAGAGCAGGUCUCGGUGGCCAUGCGUACCUGAGGGAAUGGCUGUGGUGGGGAGGACUGCUGUCCAUGGGGAUUGGAGAAGCUGCCAACUUUGCUGCAUAUGCUUUUGCUCCAGCAACACUUGUCACUCCUCUAGGAGCUCUGAGUGUUUUAGUUAGUGCAGUUCUUGCCUCCUACUUCCUGAAUGAGCAACUAAACAUCCAUGGAAAGAUCGGCUGUCUCCUGAGCAUUUUAGGCUCCACUGUGAUGGUAAUCCAUGCUCCUCAGGAAGAAGAAGUCUCUAGUUUGGAGUCCAUGGCAGAGAAACUGAAAGAUCCAGGAUUCAUAGUGUUUGCAGUGUGCAUACUGGUGAGCUCAGUGCUCCUCAUCUUCGUGGCUGGCCCUCGUUAUGGGCAGAGCAAUGUCCUGGUGUACGUUCUGGUCUGCUCUGCUGUUGGCUCACUUUCCGUGUCUUGUGUCAAAGGCUUGGACAUUGCCUUGAAAGAGCUGUUUGCUGGGAAGCCAGUCUGGAAGGAACCGUUGGGCUGGGUGCUUCUGGUUUGCCUCGUGAUCUGCGUCAGUGUCCAAAUCAACUACCUGAACAGGGCCUUGGAUAUCUUCGACACGUCGGUGGUCACACCCAUCUAUUAUGUCCUCUUCACCACGGCAGUCAUGACCUGCUCUGCCAUCUUGUUCAAGGAGUGGCAGCAUCUGGUCCUGAUGAACAUCAUUGGCACCAUAAGUGGCUUUCUCACCAUAGUCCUUGGCAUCUUCCUUCUGCAUGCUUUCAGAGAUGUCGCCUUCACUGCAGACCUGCUGCCUGUCUUCCUGAGGCGUGAUCGAACUCGUGUGCACACCGCUUCUUGGAAAGCAAGGACCAAGCAGCAGUCCUGUCUACACCAACCCCUUCUAGACCCAGAGGACGUCUGCAAAAGGGGGGGAGAGAGAGCAGAGCAGCAGUGCACUCAGAGCUUAUGAGAGUAAACACAUUAGGCAUUACCUAUUGGCCAAACACCCACAGAAACCACAACCGACCUUUGAGCUCUUCAAAGGAGCUGCCCAGCACUGCUUUCCACCAAGUGACUUGAAUCAGACACUAAUAAAUAUGUGACUAUAUGAACUCUUUCCUGGUAAUGCACCUGAACCAAAAAAGAGAGAGCCCAUUAGGUCAAGCUCAACAUGCAGCAGGCCUAGAGUUGAACCUGAUCUCUUCCCUCUUUUCCAGUCAUCCAGAAAUGGGCUGGAGAAUGAUGGGCAAGCCAGAACCAGUAUUUUGUGGGCCAGAAUGGGUUUUGGAUGUAUUUAUUGCACAGUACCUGCACAUGGAAAUUGCACAGUGUGUCAGAAGCAAAUGGUGAUAUGUCAUUGGGUGGAGGGAGUCCACUGUUCGGUAGAAAAAAAACAAGAAAAAGCAUGCAAGUCAAGUACCUCUGUAGAUUCUCUGAGACAGGAAUGCCCAAGUUAGCAGAAGAGGGAUUCCCCUUUCCCUUCUGUCUCAAGUGAAGAAAAAUGUGUGUGAAUAAGGAUUUGCAUGAGGACAGGCGGAAGCAGGUGAGAGGAGGGAUCGUAUGUAUGUUUGUUCCUAUGGGUCAUUUUAAGGAAGACAGAGAUGAGGGAAGAACAUGGAGUAGCUGGUAUGAAGGGUGGGCUUGGCUCUACCACAUAAGGUGACCUACUGAUCAACUAAACUAGAUCAGCUAGUUUAGAUCAGCUAAACUCUGCUUAUCACCUAGUUUGAACAGAGGAGAGCAGAGCUUAUGCACAAGCUUGUGUGUGGAAAUCAGAAUGCACAGAAGUCCCAUCAAAAUCAAUGGGAGUUGAUUUCAUACAGUCCGUUAGGCUCAACAUACAAGUCUCCCUUAUGAGAGCACACCUACUACUUUGUCCGCGUAUUUCCGAUCUUGCAAAUAAUAUCUUGCUGCUCUCUGAAUGUAUGGACAAUGCCAUUUAAAUGGCCUGAAGGUUAUCAUUUUUCUGACGGGUUUUCUAAGGUUUACAACUUAAUUUUUUUUAAAAUAAGUGUUAUUUUCUUUAUAUGAUGCAGUACCUACAGCCAUAACAGUGUUGCACAUGUAAUACAUGCUUUAAAACAACA